GCAGCCUCUUCCUGGUGGAUAAACAGUGACAGCUACAGGGCAGCCACCUAGACCCAGCACACAGGCUCUGCGCUGCCCUGGCAAACAACACCAAAAUGGCUCCAGACAGUACACACAUCGCGCAGUUGACUUCUGAACUGUACUUCCUAAUAGCCCGAUUUCUAGAAGCUGGACCGUGUCAAAAAGCAGCAGAGACCCUGAUAAGGGAGGUGGAGGAGAAGGAGCUUCUACCCAAAAGGCUGGACUGGACAGGGCUGGAACACCCCGGGACGUACGAAAAUUUGGUGAAGCUUUACCGACACAUCAGCGCAGACCACCUGUUGCAGGUCUGCUCCAGAGUCUGUCCACUGCUGGAGAGGGAGGUCCCUGCCAGCGUGCCCGGACUCACCAGCUUGCUGGGAGCCGGCAGGCAGAAUCUCCUCCGCACCCCCAAGAGUUGCAAGCAUGUUGUUUGGAAGGGUUCGGCGCUGGCUGCACUGCACUGCGGGCGACCACCGGAGCCGCCUAUUAUCUAUGGGAGCCCACCUAAUAUUGUCGAGACGAGCUUCGGCCGCAGACUGAAUGGAUCCUACCGACUGCGUCAGCUGGUGCCCACGGCCGUGUACCAGCAUAUGAAGAUGCACAAGAGGAUCCUGGGGCACCUGUCAUCAGUGUACUGCGUCACCUUUGACAGGACGGGGCGACGCAUCUUCACGGGCUCAGACGACUGCCUCGUGAAGAUCUGGGGUACAGAUGAUGGGCGUCUUCUUGCUACCCUGCGUGGACACGCUGCCGAGAUAUCAGACAUGGCCGUGAGCUAUGAAAACACCAUGAUCGCCGCUGGAUCCUGUGACAAAACCAUCAGAGUGUGGUGCUUACAGACCUGUGCCCCUCUGGCUGUCCUGGAGGGACAUGCAGCCUCCAUCACAUCACUGCAGUUUUCCCCUCUCUGUAGCGGCUCAAAGCGCUACCUGUCCUCCACCGGAGCAGACGGCACCAUCUGCUUCUGGCAGUGGGAUGCACGCACGCUCAAGUUUGGUCAGAGGCCCAGUAAGUUCACAGAACGUUCCAGACCGGGAGUCCAGAUGAUCUGCUCUUCCUUCAGCGCAGGUGGGAUGUUCCUGGCCACAGGAAGCACUGAUCACAUCAUCAGAGUGUACUACUUUGGGUCAGGACAACCAGAGAAGAUCUCUGAGCUUGAGUCUCAUACGGACAAAGUUGACAGCAUCCAAUUUUCACAUUGCAGUGACAGGUUUGUGAGUGGCAGCAGGGAUGGUACAGCACGAAUCUGGCAGCUGCAGCCUCAGGGCUGGAGGAGCAUUCUGCUGGACAUGCAGACCAAAUUACCCGGGAAGUACAACCCUCCACCGCUGGAAGACAAGGUGACCAAGCUGAAGGUUACCAUGGUAGCAUGGGAUCGCCAUGACGGCACGGUGAUCACAGCAGCCAACAAUCUGACGCUGAAGGUGUGGAACUCCACGACAGGAAACCUCGUCCACGUCCUCAUGGGUCAUGAAGAUGAGGUGUUUGUUCUGGAGCCACAUCCCUUUGAUCCCAGGAUCCUCUUCUCAGCGGGGCAUGAUGGGAACUGUAUUGUGUGGGACCUGGCUAGAGGAGUGAAGAUCCGCUCUUAUUUCAACAUGAUCGAGGGCCAGGGCCAUGGAGCAUUGUUUGACUGCAAAUGUAGUCCAGAUGGGCAGCAUUUUGCAGCCACGGACUCCCACGGACACCUGCUCAUCUUUGGUUUUGGCUCCAGCAGCAAAUACGACAAGAUUGCAGACCAGAUGUUCUUCCAUACGGACUACCGGCCGCUGAUCCGAGAUGCCAACAACUACGUGCUUGACGAACAGACUCAGCAGGCACCUCACCUCAUGCCCCCUCCCUUCCUGGUGGACGUGGACGGGAACCCCCACCCGCCUCGAUACCAGCGCCUGGUCCCCGGCAGGGAGGAUUGCAGAGAAGAGCAGCUGAUCCCACAGAUGGGGGUCACCUCCUCAGGUCUCAACCAAGUGGUGAGUGAGCAGGCGGUGGACGGUCCAAGCCCCCUGGAUACGAUGAUUCAGAGGCUGCAGCAGGAACAGGACCAAAGACUGGGUACAAGUGAGACCCCUGCUCCUGUUACUGCAAACACCAGAUCCAGCAGAGGAUCUGUGGGUUCCCCCACUGAGGUUCAUUCUCCACCCAAUGUCGGUCUGCGCCGCAGCGGGCAGAUUGAGGGGGUCCGACAGAUGCACAGCAAUGCUCCACGCAGCCAGAUGGCCACAGAGGGCGACCUGGUGGCCUGGAGCCGCAGGGUGCUGGUCCCCGAGCUAGAGGACGCCUCCGUCAGGAGACAGGUGAACUGGCGUGAGGCUAAAGGGGAGGAGGAGAUCAAUAUUUAUCAGUCUGAGAGGAGGAGACGAACAAUCCACUCGCUCCCCAAGGAGAGCAGGGUUCAUCCCACAUCAGAGUGCGUUGUUGAUGAGGGGAGGCGAAGUCAAGGUAACCACGGCUACCAGACCCGUGCUGCCAUGGAGGAGACGAGUCGCCAAAGUGCUGAGGGUGCUGAUGAGGAUGAGAGCACCUCAGAGGGAGAGGUAGAGGUACGGCAAAUUAAUGGACAUUCCUCAGAGGACGAGAAAGACGAAGAGGAAAAGGAGCCCUGGCCAGACGACCACAGCAGCUCAAGCGACUGCUCCAGUGAUUAUUCCGAUUGGACGGCGGAUGCAGGGAUCAACCUCGAACCGCCAAAGAAGAGCGUGAAAGUGAAAAAGAAAAGCAGCGGCUCAGAGGAGGACGCAGAGAAGAAGAAGGACGGGAAGAAGGAGAGGAAAAAAGACAAACCAGACAAAGACGGCGCUUUACCAAAGAAGACAAAGCCAAAGGAGAAGAGGAAGAGAACAGAGUUUCAGGAACAGGGCCUGACUCUGGAGGAAUGGCUCCCCUCAGCCUGGAUCACUGACACGGUCCCCCGGCGGUGUCCUUACAUACCCCAGAUGGGUGACGAGGUUUACUACUUCAGACAGGGCCAUGAAGCAUAUGUGGAGAUGGCCAGACAAAAAAAGAUUUACAGCAUCAACCCUAAGAAGCAGCCCUGGCACAAAAUGGAGCUACGGGAGCAGGAGUUGAUGAAGAUCGUUGGCAUCAAGUAUGAGGUCGGCUUGCCCACACUGUGCUGUCUGAAGCUUUCCUUUCUGGACCCCGACACUGGGAAACUGACUGGAGGAUCUUUCUCUAUGAAAUACCAUGACAUGCCUGAUGUCAUCGACUUCCUGGUAUUGAGGCAGCAGUUUGACAACGCCAGGAAGAGGCAGUGGAGCAUAGGUGACAGGUUUCGGUCAGUGAUUGAUGAUGCCUGGUGGUUCGGGACCAUCGAGAGCCAGGAGCCGUUCCAGUCUCAGUAUCCUGACAGCUUGUUCCAGUGCUACAAUGUCUGCUGGGACAACGGAGACACAGAGAAGAUGAGUCCCUGGGAUAUGGAGCCAAUCCCCGAUGAUGCCACAUUCCCGGAUGAGUUGGGCACAAGCGUCCCACUGGUGGAAGAUGAACACAAGGAUCUGCUCUACGUCCCUCUAGACGGUGAAUGGGGCAGCCACACGCGUGAAGAAGAGUGUGAACGCAUCAUCAAAGCCAUCGACCGGCUCUGCACACUUGAUGUUGCAGCGCCGUUUGCCUUCCCCGUGGACCUCCAGGCUUACCCCACCUACUGCACAGUCGUGGCCUACGUCACUGACCUCAGCACCAUACGCCAAAGGCUGGUGCACCGCUUCUACAGACGGCUGUCGUCUCUGAUGUGGGAGGUUCGUUACAUCGAACACAACGCCCAAACGUUCAAUGAGCCUGGAUCAUUCAUCGUCACCACAGCCAAGUUUGUCUCUGACCUCAUGCUGCAAUUCAUUAAGGACCAAAGUCUGACAAACAUCAUGCCACUCUACAAAACCAUGAAGAAAGCCACCUUCUCUGACUCUGAAGAUGAGGAUGAUGAAGAGGAGGAAGAAGAUACUAAUACUCCUGGAACAUCAACGCGAAACCAUAAGGGUGGUCGACCAAUGCAGCGCCAGCUGAGAGCUCGACCUCCUUUGUACGACCCUCAUGCCUGGAGGGGACGCUGUAAAGAGCUGCUGGAUCUCAUCUUUCAGUGCGAGGACUCUGAGCCUUUCAGAGAACCAGUGGACCUACAGGAAUACCCGGACUACCUGCAAAUCAUCGACUCGCCGAUGGACUUUGGCACCGUCCUCAACUCCCUGACGGAAGGAAAGUACCCGUCUCCCAUUGAGCUCUGCAAAGAUGUGCGGCUCAUUUUCAGCAACUCCAAAGCUUACACGCCAAGCAAGAAGUCUCGGAUCUACAGCAUGAGUCUGAGACUCUCUGCCCUGUUUGAGGAGCACAUCAGCCCCAUCCUGUCUGACUACAAAGCCAUCCACGGCCUCACAGAUAGACUGACCAGACAAGGCACGGAUAGACAAACACGACACACUACAGACAGACAAACACGGCACGCCAUGAAGAGGAGGAGAAGGAGGAGCGAUUCUCCAGCCAGCAGCACUGCAUCCAGCCCAGAGAGGAAGAGGCGUGUAUCGUCCAGGGUGACAGGGAAGAGGGAGCCAUCACCCCCACCUCCUUCUCGACCGCCCUCUCUGAGACAGAGCGUCCCCCCCAAACAGCCCCCCCAGCUGGUCAACGGGAGGGCAGACACGCCGGCUGCAGCCCGUACCCGAAGCUCGGCUCGCUUUUCUUCACCCGCUCCAGCCUCAUCAUCAUCGUCCUCAUAUAACACUGCAAACAAUACACCGAACCCAGCAGAAUCUAGUCGCUCGCUGAGGGCUCAUAACUCUGUGUCGGCACCUCCUGCUCCUGAAAAGGUGACUCCAUCUCCAGCCACAGAGAGUAGCAGUGGAGGAAGCACCCGGAGGAAACUCAGGACUCCUGUACGACACACGCCAGGCUCUCCUGUCAGCCCCUCAGCUCAGAGCACUGCCCACCUGAACGGCCACAGCAGUCAUGUGACCCUUGCCGUGGGAAGGAGGGGAAGAAAAUCCAAACUGGACCCUCCACUGAGUCCUCCUGAAGUCAAAACUCCAGGGAGCCCUUCAAGACCUCGGGGCCGUCCUCCAGGGAAGAAGAAAGACAGGAAGAGCAAACCAGAGACGGAGGACACGAGAAGAAGCAGCACCCGCAGGAGCGCCACCCCUGACGAUGACCUUGACCAAUCAACAGGGGAUGAGGGCGGGACCUCUUCGGCACAGGAAACCUCUGUUCUGUCAGACUCUGGAAUGUCAUCACCUAAGCGGCGAGGUCGACCCCGAGCGGUAAGAACUGAUGACACAAGUCCUCCUCCUGCUGAGUCACCGGAGCCAUCGCCUCUGAGGAGGAGCAGCAGGAAAGCCAAUGAGGAGGUCACGCCUCCUCCGCAGACUGCUCCUCAGCGGUCCAGUCGGAAAGAGGCAGGGGAGGACACUGGAGGGUCAAUGCGCACGCGGAACCAGGGGCGACGGUCUGCUUGGUACAUGGAGGAGGACUCUGAGGAGGAGCAGAGGCAGCUGCUUUUUGAGGACUCAUCAAUCACGUUUGGCACCUCCUCAAAGGGGCGUGUCCGAAAGCUGACAGAGAAGGCCAAAGCCAAUCUGAUAGGAUGGUAAAGGAGACACGCAAAACUUGAGUUAAAGGAGGCUACCCUGAUGAGAAGAAAUGUGGAUUAUGGGAGUCCAGGAAGUCAUGCCUGAUGUCGAGAGGAGCUGCUAUUCAUGGAGAGACAGCAGCCCAGUUAGCCUUGGUUAGCAUAUUGCUAAAGGCUUUCUGAGACCAAGUUCCUUUGUUCUGACUCCUCCUCCAUUAUGGUCCAUGUUGGAUCCCACAGGAGCUCACAGACUCCUACGCUGGUGGUCUUGAAAAUCACUCCUUUGCAGCGUGCCACUCCCUACUUGCUGGCAUCAGACUGGGCUUAACAGUACUUGAAAAAGAAAACACACAAGGAGAGCUGGAUGUAUCUUUAGUCACUAAGCUAAUUAAGUCUGUGACUGAUCACAGACCGCUGGCCUAAAAAAACAGCCCCUUCGCCAUCGAUCUCCCUCUUUUUUUAUACAACCCCUCCUCUCUUUUAUAAGAUUUGUACGUGAUGACCCGCUCUGUUUUGGAAGUCUUACUUAUACAUUUACUGGCCUGAGCGUGCCCGUCUGCGCUAAAAUACCAAAUGGUGUACCUUUGUUGGUACUGUAGAUCUGUAGGUUUUGUUUACCGUCAGUGUGUGCAGGUAUGUGUGGGUGUAUUUGUUCUUUCUUUGCAUGUUUAGUAGAAGGAAAAAGCAUCUCCAUUUUAUAAAUGAUGUUUUUACUGUGAGGAGGAGAUUGCAUGUGUGAAAGAGUCAUUUAAAUGUUUUGAUGGAUCAUGUUUUAACGCGUCCAACAUUAGCAAUACCUUGUGCCUUUCUGUCUUCGGUGCGUGUGUAGGUGUGCUUGGCCUGUGCGCUGCAAAGUAAAGUAUGUGCCUGUGUGUGACUCUGCGAGUGCGUAUUUGAAGGAGCGUGUGUGAUUUUCUACCACAGGUGAGUGUGUCUAUCACGUUCAGCGUGCAAACAGUGGCAUACGUUGUGAAAACUCAAAGAAAUGUAUUUAUAGCAGUUAAAAAACUUAUUUGUUGUUGUAAAACCAUUAUUCACGUCAAUAUAUUAUCCUAUAACCGUCAGUUUAUACCUAAGGUACAGCCAGAGAAGCUUCGGGUGACUAGCUUUGAGAUGCACUUACCACAGACCGGUUAUCAAUGCAGUCGUAGGAAAUAACCCUGUGUAUUUUGAAAUUAACAUAAUAGAAAAUACUUUUUAAGUGUUGUUUAUAUGGUGACCACACACAGAAAUUUGUUGCGCAUGUUCUAGCACUUUCUCAUGCCUGGAGCGAACAGGAUUGAACCAGAUCUAACUGAAGUGGACUGAUUUUGGACAGAAGCAGAGAGAGAGAAGUUUUAUAUUCAUCUUUCUGAUUGUGUGCCUUUGCUACUCUGGCAUAUAGAAUCCUCUGUUUCUGCUUUUGGGGCCUUUUUUUUAGAGUUUUUCUUUUGUGUCAGACUUCAGAGGACCGGACUUGGCUCUUAAGAGUGAAAAACAGUCUGACUAGUGGCAAAAAUAUCAUGUCAUUCUCUCCCUGUCUGUCCAUGCAACAAAUGGGUCCACUUUUUAAGUGCCCCCAACCCCCUUUGGUUCAGCAUCUUUUCUGUUUUCAUCCAGCAUAGAGCAAUGCCAAAAUCAGCGACAUCAUGUGUGUUGUGGGUUUAACUUGACAGAACUGGACUGUAGCAUCUGUACACACCUGGGUUCCUUUAAAAGGUCUUUAUAUCACAUAUUAUUGAACAUAUAUCUAUCUCAUCUGUUUACCAUUGUUGUUCUGUUUUUGUCAAUGCCAAAUUCUCUGUUCGUUUGGGCACUGAAGUUUUAGACCAUGGCGUUUGAAUGUGUUUGUUUUCAAAAGCAGUUUUAUAUGUUAUGUGUCAAGUUUUUUGUGUCUGUGUCUCUGCCAUACAAGGAGGAUAGUUGUGGCUACAUCAGUGGAGUUAACAGCUUUUUAGAGGUCUAUGUGGCUUGUAUUUACUUAAAGACUUGUUGACUCCUUCUGAUAAUGGUAUUAAGGUUUAAAGAUAGGAAGCUAACCUCAAAGUUAACCUCAUUGCAGGCACGAAUCAGAAAUAACAAUGACAUUUACACACAGAUUAUGAGUGAGAAAGGCAUGAAAACUAAAUUUAAGACCACAGGCUUCUUAACCUCCAGGUGUGAGCUCACUUUAAAACAAAAUGUUUACAUUAAGGUUGACAAAAUUUCAAACUUUUUGAAUACCAGCUAUUUUUAAUAGGGAUGCACAAUGUUAUUGGCUUGAUAUCGGUAUCAGCAGCUUAAAAAGCCAGUUAUCAGUAUUGCAGAUAUGAACAUUUCUGCCAAUAUUCAAAACUGAUAUAUAAAUAUAAGUGGAGUUUUAGGUUGGACCAACAGACCUACAUCAGUUGAAGUCUUUGUCUUUAUUCAUCGUCAUUCCUUAAGUUUUAACGUCUGUUUUGAGGACUGAAAUUUGUUAAUCCAUAUUCUUUUACAAGAUAAUUUUUCUGGCUUUUUUGCUUUUAUUAGAUAGGACAGCCAAAGGGAGACAGGAAAUAUAUGGAGAGAGUGGGGGAAUACAUGCGCUGAGACCAGGAAUCGAUCUCACAACCAGUAGCUGCCACAGUGACUGGUGGAUACAAAAAUCUACCAGCCAAUUUAUUUUAACUAGCAGCAUGAGGUAAAGUAUUCAAGUUACAGCCCAUUUAAUAUUUGGAAACGUUUUGUUAUUUUGAGAGUGUUUGGCAUUUCCAUUGCAGUCAUGUCCUAAAAUGCAAAUUUAACUGCAUCUUAACCUCAGGUCUGCUCGUCUCUGCUCAUAAGGUCAGCAGGAAUAAGCAGAGAUAGCUGGGAUUCUGUUUUAUUUACGUGCCCCAACCUCUGGUAAGUUGAGCAAAUUUACCUGACACUGCUCAAAAAUACCUGCAUAUGGCUGGUGGUGGGUACUAAUUUCCCACCCUCAGAUAUCUGCAAAGAUCCAAUAUUGUGCAUCCCUUAUAUUAAAGCAAUUUAAUUUCUGGAUAUUGCAGAAGAGUACUGAAGCUUUGAAAAUAAUACCACAUAAGACAGGUGCAUUGGUGAGGAAUUAGUACAUCAAAAAAUGCAAGCAAACUCAUUCACAGUUGCUAAAUUGCACAUAGUUUGCACAAAAUUUUCAAUGCAUUGCCACUGUUAUCUGCAAAUUAGAAUUGUGAAGGAUUUAACUUUGCCAUUUUUGUUAAAUAGAUACAAAAUUCCCAGCAUCAGGUGCCCAGGACUUCUAAUUUUGUUUCUUUGCUUUUCAUAGCUUUCACCUGACAUGAAAUACUUGUGGAACUGCACCCUGGUGGCCAGAAAAAAAACCUCAUUUUCCACCAUUGAAAAUAGCUGUUGGUCUUUGGUGAUAAUUCACUGAUACGGCAUGUGAUCUUUUGAGCCCAGAGAGGAGCAAAAAACACAUCAAUAUCAAUAGAUGCUCCACUGGCUCAGGUUACAAUAGCACUAAACAGAAUACUUCAAAUCCUGACUCAAAUAUUGUCAAGACAGUCUGGCUGCAGACGCCCGUCUCUGAUGGCCACUCUCACAGACCGUUCAUCUCAGAAUGAAAAUAUGCACUAAAAUUUGAGAAAUAAAAUCAGAUUAAACUUCUGUUUGUAGUGUAGGUAAGGGUUACCAAAAGAUAAAAUCCAAAAACAUGAUUACAAAAUGCUUAAAAAAGCUGAGUAAAUGGUCAGCCUACAGGAAAAAAAGCUUGUUCUCCAUGAAAACAUUCUAACGUAGUCAGCUCAGUUAGCUGUCUCAGCUGCGUAGAUAAUGUAGCUACUAAAAUAGCAACAGCUAUACACAAAGCCACUACUUAAGCUUCAUAGCUACACUAUUUGCAUAGCUAAGUUAGCUUUAGUUACAGUUGCUAAAGCUCACAUUGCGAAAGCUAACUUUGCUACAGAUAACAGAGCUACCUAGCUAAUAUAGCAAAUUUAGCUAUGGAGAAGUUCACAAAGCAUCUAUGUAAGCUAUGAAGUUAUGUUGUCUAUGUAGCUACAUUAGCUUUGGCUAUGUUUGGAAAAGUUCAUAAAGUGAAAGCUAACUUUGCUACAGAUAACAGACCUAUGGAGCUAAUAUAGCUAAAGCUCGGCUCCCAAAGCAGCUACAGUGCUUAACAAAUUUAUUAGACCACCUGUCAUAUUUGUCUCAGAGACCAUCCAGCAUCAUGAAAUACUUUAAUGCGGGCUCUUUCAUUUUCAGUGAGCUCUCCACGUUUUACCAUUUUGAACAGGGAUGAGGAAUUUCAAAGAGAAUUCACCCAAUUUUGAGCUCACUGGGCUUCUCUGAGAAGUCAGAAAUGAAUCAAGCAUAACAUUCAACCACUAAAACUCAUUUUUCUGUUCAGGAAUGCAAGUAAAUAACUAUAAUUUGACAUAUGAAUCAAGAAAU